GAACUCCCUGAGAAAUGGAACAAUACUAAGAAAAUAGCAACUAAUAUCAAACAACAGAUUGCUCCUCUGAUUACCAAUGAAGCCGCUGCUGUUCGACGCAGAUCUGCUACAUUUGAUGUUAAACAACAUGAGUUCAGAGAGAAAUUUCGUGUUGGAGAGGCUUUUCAAUUUGGCUGUUCCAACUCAUAUAGUAUUUUAGACGAACUUCAUCAAGAUGUCCUUUCUAUGGAGCAGGAAAUGUAUGGGCUUCAAGAAUCAGCCGCACUGUUUGAAGUGAAUGUUCCCGAAUUUAAGCAGUUGCACCAGUGUCGUCGAGAAGUGCAUCUUUUGAAGCAGCUGUGGGACUAUAUUCAUGUCGUACAGAACAGCAUUGGUGAGUGGAAGAAGACUCCUUGGACAGAUAUAGAUGUUGAACAGAUGGAAAUGGAGUGUAAGAAGUUUACAAAAGAAAUUCGUAGCCUUGACAAAGAGAUGAGAGCAUGGGAUGCUUACUGUCAGAUAGAAGCUGUUGUCAAAAAUAUGUUGACAUCAUUAAGAGCUGUAAGCGACCUGCAGAACUCAGCAAUUCGAGAACGACAUUGGCUUCAGUUAAUGCAAGCAACAAAGGUAACCUUUAUUAUGGAUGAAAAUACAACUCUGGCUAAUCUUCUUGGUUUGAAUCUUCAUGAAUUUGAGGAUGAAGUUCGAAACAUAGUAGACAAAGCUGUUAAAGAAAUGGGAAUGGAGAAAGUUCUGAAAGAACUAGAUAUUACUUGGGCAACAAUGGAGUUUGAACAUGACAAACAUCAAAGAACUGGUUGUACAUUGCUUAGAGCAUCUGAGGAAUUAAUAGAGACACUUGAGGACAAUCAGGUCCAACUUCAGAACCUUAUGACAUCCAAGUACAUUGCCCAUUUCCUUGAAGAAAUCUCCAGCUGGCAGCGGAAACUUUCCAUGGCUGACCAAACUAUUAGUAUUUGGUUUGAAGUUCAGCGAGCAUGGUCACACCUAGAAAGCAUUUUCAUUGGAUCUGAGGAUAUACGUUCUCAGCUGCCAGAAGAUUCGGAAAGAUUUGAAGAAAUUGAUAAGAAAUUCAAGCUCCUCAUCAAUGACAUGGAGAAAACCACCAAUGUAAUUACUGCAACUAAUCAAGAUGGUUUAUAUGAGAAUCUAGAAACUAUUCAGGCAGAGUUAACUUUGUGUGAGAAAGCUCUUGCUGAAUAUUUAGAGACUAAAAGAUUAGCAUUUCCUCGGUUUUACUUUGUCUCUUCAGCAGAUUUACUUGAUAUCUUGUCCAAUGGAAAUCAACCAGAACUG